CGUGUUGUUCUGGCGAGGCAGGUUGUGCUCCUAAGACCAGUUUAAGUGACAUCACUCAUGCUGUAAGGUCCGUAGUUCUGUGCACAUACAUGAAUCGAGGCUUCGCGAGUGGCAUGAAUCUACAAAGCUCCAUAGAUAGGAUACAUACUACCAUCAUGAUUGCACCUAGUUUACUAAGCUGCGUCAUACUCAUGUGCCAAACAACAGCCACAGGCUCUCGAGCUCAUUACAAGUUUGUAACUGCUUCCACAUCUUUCCCCAUCCGCGAGCUAUAAAAUCAUGUCUAAAGUUUCAAGCAACUAGAAAAUCAAAUUGUAUAGGGAAAACAUAUCAACUAUACUUUUCUAAUCGUUGUCUUUUCCUCUCGUCCAAGUCCUGAUACCAGAAGAUCUCCUACCAUCCAAAAAAAAACAAUAAAAUUGGAAACAUUACUCGGUGUUUUUUUCUUUUUUGGCUCACUAGGAUCUCGUGUGAUGUAUAGCUGUGAUUAG